CGCCAAUCGAUUUGCCCUCCUCGAUCGGGAUGCGGCAUCGAUUCUCUUUUACCUUUACUCUUCAGUCAAUUAGUCCGAAAAAACAUACAUACCGAAGUAGGAUUAACCUUUUUAUUUUUAUUUUAUCUUUAUUGUAAAUGUGGAACGGGCUUAGUCGAAUCGGGUUCCGGCGAGUUGGCUAGCCUAUUUCAUCCGCUCCCGGUAUUGUGCCGAAUCGAAAUAAUUGAACUGGAAUGAGUCAAACGUAUAUUUAUUUACUUUAAUAUAAGUGCACUCCGACUCGAUCUUCUAAUUACACACGGAGAGACACAUCAAAGGCGAGAGAUACGCGACCUUCUCUCCGACACCCGAAUGAGGAUAUAUUUAUAAAAAAGCACGUUUCCCACCAGGUAAAUAACAACAAUUUAUCAAAACAACGGGUUUUUCCUUAAAAACAGAAUCAGGAGCUUGUUAAAAAAGUAACGCUCCGAGUGAAAAUGGAUGAACUAAUUAAUAUACGGUAAUUAAAUAUAAUUCCGGAUCGAUAGAAACGUGACAAACGGGUGAAAUGAGGCCGCGUUUUUAAUUUUGUCUAGCUUUUUCGUUUUUAAAUGUUAUUGAAGUUAAAAAAUAUAUAUAUAAAAAAGUGAAAGGCCCUCGUUCUAUUUUAAUCUUAUCGAAAUGAAUUUAUCUCGUGACGAGGCGUCGAAGGUCGCGUCCAAAAAUCCGAUAAUAGGAAGCGGUCGGAGGGUGAACGCGGAGCCGAGCCGGAGCGGGAUGGGUUGGCCGCCGCGGAGGAGUCUGAGGCCGAGGACGGAGCUGAGGAGCUACGCGGAGAGCCCGGACAUCGUCGUCGUCUCGGAUGACGAGCCCAAGACGAACGGCUAUUUCAACGGGGCCUGCGAGACCGACGACGAAGACCUGCCUAUGCCACCGUUGCCCCCGCUCAAGGAACUCACCGACGAUGAGCUCUGCGAGAGGAAGAAGGUCGUCCGGAGGCUGAGGGACGAACUGAGGAACGAGGAGAUGACGCUCGUCCUCCUCAAGAAGUUGAGGCAGUCGCACCAGAUGAAGGAGAACAUCGCAGUCGUGGCCCCUUGUACGGCGCCGCAGGCCGCCACUCCCACUCAUACGAAGCAGGUGCCUCCUCCUCGCACCAGCAGCAAGCCGCCCGCUUCGGUCCAGCCGUCGGUACACCACCUGUUGAGACAGCCUUCGUUGGAUGCAAGAGGCCCUCCGACUGUCCAUGUGCCCCCACCUAUCCCUAGUCGGAGUCAUUCUUCCUCUGUGCCUUCGCUCCAUCAAUCCAACAGCAUGCCGAGGAACAGUCUGGGCGGUCGGAACAUGGGAAUGGGUUAUCCGCCGGAGAGAAAGGAUCCAAGGCAUUCCCCCGUCCCGCCUGUUGCCCAACAGCUCUCUGGCAACAUCGACAAGGUUGGUCUCAACAUGAGCAUCACUCCUGUCGAUCAGGACAGAAUGAGGAUGGACGAAUCCCAAACCCCUGCACAAAGGCAAGCAGCUGCAAAACUGGCUCUUAGAAAGCAACUCGAGAAGACACUGCUUCAAAUCCCUCCUCCAAAACCACCACCACCAGAGAUGCACUUUAUCCCGAAUCCUUCGAACACGGAAUUUAUUUAUUUAGUAGGUUUAGAGCAUGUUGUCGAUUUUAUAACUAAAGACAAUCGCAGUCCUCCCCCGCCUGAACCUUUCAGGUGUUCGCAGUGUUCGACGAAUUUCACACCUGUGUGGAAAUGGGAGAAAGGUAGUAUUAAAAACAAAGAGCCACGGGUUAUCUGUGAACAGUGCGUUACGUCAAAUGUUAAAAAAGCUCUCAAGGCAGAACACACAAACCGGCUAAAAACGGCAUUUGUCAAGGCUUUGCAACAGGAACAGGAGAUAGAGCAGAGGCUAGCGCAGGGAUCCCCUCAACCGGAACCACCAGUGCCCCCGCAGCCUCUUGUCAAGCCAGCCACCCCAAAGCCCCCUCCUGGGAUACCUUCUCCCAACAGAGAUCAUCUGGCGAAAUUGGCAGACACGGCCAAAUUCAACCCUCAUCACGCAGCGGCGGCUUUGCAUCAACAGCUCCUCAGAGGCCUCCCUCAGCAUCAGCCUCUUCCGGCUCACAUGCUACCCUUUUCACCACUUCUGUACCCUUAUCAGCUAGCAAUGGCACAAGCGGCUGGUGGCAAAGGACCCGUUGCUGCAGCAGCAGCCAACAUCGCCGAACUCCAGCGACAGGCUGUAGACAUCCAGAGGCAAUACUUACUCGACAUGAUACCAGCUUCACUACCCGGGAGUGUUCAGAGAUCGGGGUCUGAAUUUUAUAAGUAAAUUUAAAUAACCAAAAACACAUUUUGCUUAUAAAAAAAAAAGAAAGAAAAGUAUAUGUACCUAAUUGUUGUAAGUUGGAUAUUUAUAUGCCCAACACAAUCUCUUUUAAAAUUGUGUUCAUGGGAAGUAGUCAGAAUGGUAGCGGACUGUGAUAUUCAUCUUCUUCGACGGGAAAAAGCUCCCCUUUUAGAAUAUCCCUUUCUGUUACAAAACACCCUGAAAGGAAUUUUUUAAUUCUCCGUUAUGUGACAUGUCCGGCAGGCAUUGUCGUUGUGAAGCUCAUGCCAACUUUUUGCUCAGAGGCUUUAGUGCUGCCCUGAAGGCCUACCGCCCAAAUGAGGUAAUUUUGGCUGAAAUCUUGUCCGCAGCAAAAAUUUAAAAAACUUAAAAAAAUAUAUUACUUUUCGUUUUAAUUGAUUUUCCAUGUUUAAAAAAUUGUUUUUAACUAGACUCUUUGAUCUACAUUGUACUUUGUAAAUAUGAAGUAGAAUAUUGGUGUGUGGAAAAAUAAAGAUAAAAAAACUUUUAUUUAAAUUCUUAAAAACUAUUGGUGUGUUAUUUAAGACUUUUUACACUGUGUGACUAAUUAAAUUAUGCGUUUUUUAACAAUAGGUAGAAAAAAAGUUUAUUGUUUUAAGUAAGUUUUCAAGCGGUUCUCUCACAGUACAGCCGCACAAAGUAUAUUUUCUUUUUUUUUUGUAAAUAUAUUUAUUUUUAAAAUAUCUUUUGACUUGUACACACAUUUUUUAUGUAUUACACUGUACAUAAAUUGUAUCGCCAAUUAUGGCAUUUUACAAAAUGAAAAAUUUA